AUGGCUGAGUUAAAGAAACCUGGAUCAAAAUCAAGCCUAUCAAGAGCAAUUGAAUCAGUUUACUCCCAUAAAGGCUUGACCAACGUAAAUAGUGCUUUUAUUGAAUCCAAGAUCAAUGAAAUGCAUAAAAUAAAAAAAUUUAUCCGAAAAGAGUUUUUCUCUGAUGCAUUACAAGUAGGCAGCUACUUUUCCAAGCCAGAAAAAUCAAAAAAGCCAAAGAAAAAAGAUCAUUUUAUUCCUAUAACUUCAUUUGCUUCAACAGGCGUUGGCGCUUAUCAUUUAUACUCGGCACGAGCUUUGCCUUCUCAAUUUUUAAAAACUCCUGUAAGAGUUAUAAAUAAGCUCACCAAAAAAAUUUAUGAAGAGCCCAAAAUAGUGCCUUUUCCAUUAAAUUUGCCAAUUAAAGGUAAGCAAAAGCACCAUGCAAAUCCGUUUUCAUUAACUAAAAACCAAGAUGCUUGCCCAAUUUUAACAGUAGAAAACUAUAAUGCCGGAAGAGUCUGCACAACAGAGCCAAGCCCAAGGCCAAAAAUAAGCUUUGGAGAAACUAUGAGUUCAGAAAAUAUUCUCUUUGAUAAUUUCCAGUAUUUUUCCUAUCCCUUUUUAGCCUAAUCCUAUUAAUAAUCCUUUUAUCUUAUUUAGCAUAAUAAUUUUGCUGCGACAUUCCACUCAUCAAUUAAGCCACAAACUAGUUCUGGCAUCAGGUCACCAGAGUCCAUAUGUAUGGAAAUCUCAGAAUCCUGCAAUGAUUUACUACAGCUUAACAAGCAAAGCAAGAAAAUGAUUGCAAGAAAAACAAGAAUGCUAAAGCGAGGCAUGAAUCGAUGUAAAAGCUACACAAAAAUGAUUACUCAGAGCAACAAAAGAGCAAGCUACUACCUUUUGCAUCAGCAAUACACAAGCUCUGAAAGGCCAAAUUAA